CCUGCCACCAAGAAACCCUAGAUUUGUCAAGAAUUUUUCAGUAUUAGUCCUUUGCGGGACUUACUCUUGGUUCCGUUUCGAAUUUGCGGUAUUGCCACCUCGAGAAACCCUAGGAUUUAGAAAUUUUUGUCAAGUUAGGUUUAUUUGAUUUUUGGAAGGAAUCUCCAUCAAUCGUAAGAAUUUUAAUACACCAGGAAACCCUAGCGUCGUAGUUUCCCGACCAACAAACCCUAGUUUUCGACCUUUUGGGUGGGGUUUGAACCGGUGGGAUGAACAACAAUAGAGGGAGGUAUCCGCCAGGGAUCGGCGCAGGCCGUGGUGGAGGCGGAGGCAUGAAUCUAAACCCGGCCUUCCAGUCGAGGGUCCCGCAACAACAGUACGUACAGAGAGGCUUUAUGCAGCAGCAGAACCAUCACCACCAACAACAGCACCAACAGCACCAACAGCAGUAUCAUCAUCAUCAGCAGCAGCAGCAGCAGCAACAACAACAGCAACAGUGGCUUAGGAGGGCCCAGUUGGGUGGUUCCGAUUCAAUCGUCGACGAGGUUGAGAAGACUGUGCAGUCCGAGGCCGCCGACUCAAGUUCGCAAGAUUGGAAGGCAAGGCUAAAGAUACCGCCAUCUGAUACACGCUAUAGAACUGAGGAUGUGACAGCAACUAAGGGAAAUGAAUUUGAGGACUACUUUCUGAAGCGUGAGUUGCUCAUGGGAAUAUAUGAAAAGGGGUUUGAAAGACCAUCUCCCAUUCAGGAAGAAAGUAUCCCAAUUGCUUUAACAGGGAGUGAUAUUCUUGCUAGAGCAAAAAAUGGAACUGGGAAAACGGCUGCAUUUUGCAUUCCUGCAUUGGAAAAAAUUGAUCAGGAUAACAAUGCCAUUCAAGUUGUUAUACUUGUUCCAACUCGAGAGUUGGCUCUUCAAACAUCACAAGUUUGUAAAGAACUUGGGAAGCAUUUGAAUAUCCAAGUUAUGGUAACAACAGGUGGUACCAGCUUAAAGGAUGAUAUCAUGCGGUUAUAUCAACCAGUUCAUUUACUGGUUGGAACUCCUGGAAGAAUCCUAGAUCUUGCAAAAAAAGGUGUUUGCAUUUUGAAAGAUUGUUCUGUGCUUGUUAUGGAUGAGGCCGAUAAGCUUCUUUCUCCGGAAUUUCAACCAUCAAUAGAGCAGCUAAUUCGAUUUAUGCCUGCAAACCGUCAAAUUUUGAUGUUUUCAGCAACAUUUCCUGUUACAGUCAAGGACUUCAAAGAAAGAUAUCUUCAAAGGCCAUAUAUUAUUAACCUUAUGGAUGAGCUUACGCUCAAGGGUAUCACACAAUUCUAUGCUUUCGUUGAAGAAAGACAGAAAGUCCACUGUCUAAAUACUCUUUUCUCCAAGCUGCAAAUAAACCAAUCAAUUAUAUUCUGCAAUUCUGUGAAUCGGGUUGAGCUGUUGGCGAAGAAAAUUACAGAACUUGGUUAUUCUUGUUUUUACAUUCACGCAAAGAUGCUGCAAGACCAUCGUAACAGAGUAUUUCAUGACUUCCGCAAUGGUGCAUGCAGGAAUCUUGUUUGCACUGAUCUAUUUACAAGGGGAAUCGACAUUCAAGCAGUCAAUGUCGUUAUUAACUUUGAUUUUCCCAAGAACUCAGAAACAUAUCUGCACAGGGUUGGACGAUCUGGAAGGUUUGGGCACCUUGGUUUAGCCGUGAAUUUGAUCACCUAUGAGGACCGCUUUAACUUGUAUAGGAUUGAGCAAGAACUCGGGACUGAGAUAAAGCAAAUUCCACCACAUAUUGAUCAGGCAAUUUACUGUCGGUGACUGGUUGUAUAUCUUACUGUCUGGUCCAUGAUGGUGAAUGAUGCUGUCCACUCAGUCAAGAAGGUAUGUAGGACGCAUUCCGUAGUAAGUUAUGUAUUUGUGGGUAAAAAUAUCCUUUUGUUGAAGUGGAAGGCGAGAUUCCCUUGGAUUGCUUUUAUUAGUACCGGAUAUUCGUAGCCUGAGGCUUUCACAGGACCAUAAUGGAGUUUUUUAGAUUGGCUUAUAAAAUCCCAGAUAGAUGCUACUGGGUCGUGUCCACCGCUCGCUGGCUUUAGAUUUUGUUUUAUCAGCCUGGUUUCUUGGUAUAUGCUCUUGUUCUAGUUUCAUUACUGUUGACAGGCUGCGUACCUUGUUCAAGAAAUCCUCUCUCUCCCUCUCUCUCUCCAAGUGUUGUUUUGGUGCGUGCCAUCUGUUCUCGUAUUCCAUGCUUGCAAGUUAGCAAAUUACACUGCUGUGCAGAGAUGUUAUGGGGAAAGAGUUAUGCUUUUAUACUAUCCCAUUUUACCCUUUUAACACGCUAUGUAGAUGUGGCAUUUUGAUCAAUCAUUAGAUUAUCUCAUGGUUUUCU